AUGUUCCGGAGUUUGUCCACUGUUUUGCCCAAAACACAAAAGCAUGGAUGGCUCAAACGUGUUGGACAGGGCUUCGGUAAGACUUACUUCAGUUUACCUUGCCAUCGACGUAUGCUUUUGAAAUAACAUAGUAAAUUCUCUCGACUACAUAUAUUCGUUUGCUUCCUUUUCUGAUAGCAUGGCCAGAUAUACUUUUAGCCGCUGCAGGCAAAAGUAAGCAUUCUAAUUUGCCCAGACGGCGGCGCCCUACAGGUUUGCGCGGGCCUACACGUGCAAACCUGCACAGUACCCACCCUUUUCCCCUCAGGGGCAUUUCUGCAGCUCGUAACCCCAGGCAUUUAGUAGCCUAUCCAACCCUGGACGUCUGCAAUUCCGCCCGUCAGAUGGUGCGGGCGUGCGUGUAUGUACACCGGUCCGCGACCCCGGUAAUUGGACACCAAAAUGUUAUCAGGGUUUGAAGGGGCCAGUUUCUCUUCUGAAAAUGUCUUCUCAUUUUUGCAAUUCUUUACAUGAUGCCCUGAUAGCAAGCCAUAUUGAGGCGAUCUCGAGUAUAUAUCCGUCCUUGGAGGUAUGCAUAUCGGGUUGUUGUCUACUGCUGAAAACACUUUGCUUCGUAUCGCCGCAGUCGUUGGCCUUCUGUGGUGACACCCAGUUUGUUAGACAUGACUGCAGUCUGCUGUGCUAUGUCCAUAUCUGUCAACCAGUCGUCCGACUGCGGCCCUCGGUAUUCUGUGGAAGAAGUCGGUGGAAAGAUGACCUCUUGCCAUCAAUGCGCGAGCGGCCGCCGUCGAAAGGGUAGCCAAGGACUCAUGUGCAUCGUGAUCGUUUACAAUCUUUUCUUUUGAUUUAGAACAGCGUAAGUUAGUGUAACUUACUGGCUGAGAUAGCGACCUUCAUGGAACAGGCUUCAAGCGCUGGUGACUGUCAGGGGCUCCGCCAAGUUAGUGUUAAGCCCUCGGCACCCGAGUGGCUUUUCGCAACGUGAAUGGCGGUUUCAUUGCUGACAACUCAGCCAAAGUCGAGCACUGUCGUGAUCACUUUAAACAGCAUCUCAACUUCGAUGUCCAGCCAUCACAUCCUUGCUUUCCUCUGCAGCGGAGUUUCUUCCCUCUCCAGCCUAUGCAGUGUCAUACGACCCCUCUUCUGGAAGAGGCGUCGCCGAUGCUAUACAAUGAUUACGUAACAACAAGGCACCCGGAAAGGACACUGACCUCCUCGCCCCAUGAGGUGAUUGAACAAGCGUGGAGGAGCGAGGUUGCUCCGAUGAAUGGUCCUUAGGCACUCUUGUACCUAUUUUCAGGAAAGGAGAUAAGACAAGAUGCGAGAACUAAUGCUGCAUAAGCCUCAUCGACGUUACAACGAAGAUCUUCAGUACUGUCCUUCUCAGGCGAUUCCAGACUGCGUGCCUAUAGGACGAGACCCAAUCAGGCCGGAUUCCGUGAACGACGUUGCCAAAUCUGUUGGUUUAUCCAUUAACGCUGGGAAGGCUAAAGUGUUUUCAAGUUGCAUCCCUGAUCAGGAGAAGACAACUCUCGAGAUUGGUGGCUGUCAUCCCGAAGAGGUAGUCAGUUCUCAGUGCCUCGGAGCGAAGCUGCUGCCGAAUGGACAGAGUAAAGACGACGUUGCCUCCCGAAUUGAUGCUGCGCGCUAGGUUUUCUCAAGCUUUAAAAAUGCCUAUGGAUCCGACGCGACUUCUCCAUCGCCACUAAGAUUCGUGUGUACCGUGCAUUUGUCCGGUCUGCCCUUCCCUAUGAUUGUGAAUACUGAGUUGUGUGGGUAGAGGACGAACGAAAACCAGAGGUAUUUGACCAUCACUGUAUGAGAGCCAUCCUUCGAAUGAAGUACACCGACUUCGUCUCAAAUGAGACAGUCCGCAUUCGCUACGACAACAUUGUAAGGAUAACUCAGACCGUCCAAGAAAGACGACUGAGGUGGUCCGGGCGUGCUCUUUGUCGUCCACCUCAAGAGUUCAGUGUAACUCCCCUCGACCUGGCACCGUUACCUCAAUGGAGGCGUCAAAGAGGGAGUUAAUUCAAAACCUGACUCGACACAGUUCUUCAAAACAUCGAAGUGGCUCCUGGACCUUCGGUACUCGGUCUUUGUCGUUGGCGAGGAGUAUGGGUCGAACUGUCUAGAUCUGUUGCCGCGGAUCGUCAGGCGUGGAGAAGUACGGUUCGGGACAUCAUUGAGGCCGACUAGAUCAGGCAUGAUCGCAGCCAUACGAAUUAAUAGUAAGUAGUAGCUUACCGGCGAGUAUAUGUUUUCACCACCGGAUUGGCAUAGUGUCUCGUCCAGUGCUAAAUGUACGAGGCUCCCAACAGCGUUCUUGAAGACAUGUAGAAGUUCUCAAACGUGAGCGCGUGCUAUAUUGCAUCGUAACGUCCAGGUAUAUACACGUGACCACUGUUAAUGGUAAUGGUCCUAGUGUUUGAUGCGUCGUCCAAGCAUCCAGUAUGAGUACAUUCUACACCACCUACCAGGAAUGAUGUCUUUCUUUUAUCUUCCCCAAAUUCAAGCGAAGAAAUUCAACUAAAUAAUGCACUUGGAGAGGAGUCUUCCGGCCUGCGUCUCCUCAAUUUCCCGAACCAGUAUUUUGGUCCAGCCGGUGCAUGCGUAUUGAGUAGGACGGCAUUUUCUGAAGGAUCUGAACAACGCUUCAGUAGGUGUCGACUAAAUACGACUAUAUUGAGCUUGAUUACGGCCUUUUAAAGGAUAGCUGAUAUCCACCAGACGAACAGUUUGUCAGCCUGUCACAUUUGACUUUUCGCCGCUUUAAUUUUCGUUUUUUUUGUGCUUAGGUCUUUGACACGUGUUUGGUUCCAUCUAACAUCAGGCACACAACAGUGGCCAAGAAAUGCGCACAGUUACAAAACUGAAAACCUAUAUGCCGGUGUAACCUUGUGAUAGGAAAGCGUUUUAAAACCCCAAGAGUAUGACAGGUCGUGUUGCAACGACUAUUAGUUAGAUUAGUGGGUAAUGACAUUAUUGCGUCGGCCUCAACAGGCUGGGCUAUUUGGGACCCACAGAUGCUCCGAACUCGUACCAAUUGUAUGCGCAGAAGAAAGUGGAAUUUUUCACAGCCUUUAACUGCUACUCGUCCUGAGAUACGGGGAAAUUUAUUCCUGUGCGUCUUUAUAUCUGUUCGUAACUUUUUUGCCUAUUCCAUUUUAACCUUCCUGACCACAAUGCUGUUUUUUCCCAACAUAAGUGGACUACUUUAAACGCCUCGGAAAUGACUACCUUGCCGUCUUCCGUGAUACUGCCGACGACAUUGCAAAACACCCUGGGAGAGCUGGUCUCGUCCUUUUGGCUGGCGCCAGCACCGUUGCUGUCUGUGUUUCCUGUCCCCAUGAGUCCGCCUUCGAUGCCCAACUCCUCAGCUACUCAGUCGAUCUAUGGGACACUCCGAUGGACCUACAGAACCGAUCGGCCGUUGCUCACAUUCAAUCCUGCCUCACCCAUCGUUCUCAUGGCCAACUUCGACAUGCUAACUUUGGUUUCCUGCAUAUUGUUUGGCGCGAUGAUCGCCCUCGGCCUUGUGCUCUCUACUCCGAGAUCUGUCCGUACAAUUACCCAGCAGGGGGCGCCAAGAGUCCAAUCCGUGGUCUCCUCAACUGUUUCCUCUAUGAUCAACCUCGGGACCUCCCACCCCUCACUGUUCUGCAGCGUAUUUCUCACGUUUUGCACAAUCGCAUCGUGGAUGUGGGGUGCUUUGGGCGAUUUUGGUUUUUGGAUGCUGCCAUGGUUGACUACGAUAUUAAUGCCGAGGAGUGGGCUCACGAGUCCCCGACGGCUUUGCCAGCAUAGUCUCUCUGACGUCAAGGACAGUGGGGACACUGUACCUUCAUCUUCAAGUAGUCAGAAGGCUGGGGACAGUACCAAUCCUCCGGGAAGCACCGAUAGUGUAUCAGAAUGCGCCAAAUCACCGAAAGGAAAUGGGAGUGGAAAACAGAUAGGUUCAACGGGGCAGGGUGAAACAGACGCAGACGAGUGGGAGGUCGUUGAAGAGACUCUGGUGCAUGUGAAUUGUGUAGGAGCAAUCGAACGUGACCUCAUACAGCCUGGAAGGCAGGUGCUGAUGGUUGAUAUUGACACCGAGACGCCACUUUUGCAGGUGAGUACACUUGGUUGCUCCGAAAACCUAGCAGCAGUUUGGUUCAAUGUACAAUCCUAUAGCGGAGCUGUUGCUUCUGUGGGCGGUGCCUUGUAUUUAUAGUUGCAAUGCACGCAUCCAGAAUGUGUCAGACAUCUGAAGCGGCUGGCUGACGCACGUCCCAGCCAUCAGAUGUUGUGGGGAGUUGCCGGUGUUUGAUCAUAUAUAUGAAUUACGUUGGCCUGGUAGUCAUCUGGUGGAUUCUAGGUGUAUUACUCAGGAAAUCGUGCUUGGACAGUCAGCUUACUGUAUCAGAUUUGAUGGAUUCCAGGCGUUGCAGUAGGUUGGGCGGGUAACUGGACCCAAAUGUGAUUAAAUUUGCGUCGUCCGGCGGGGCCUCGUAACUCAAGUGGUUAGAGCGUCGGCCGUACUAAAGCCUUCACCUUACUGUCGUGGGUUCGAAUCCCACCGAGGCUCUGAGUUUUUCGCAGUUAGGUUAGUAUGGAUCAAAUAUAUAUCUGCGACGGAUGAGUACUUAAAUGACCUGGGUGGUGCUUUCUUCCCUUAAUUGGUGAUCAUCAGUUUUCUAAGUCCACGUCAAGACUAUUUAAAUGUUAUCAGGAUGAAUAAAGCCUGUCGAUGUCGCACCAAAUUAAGAAAUGACGAUGAUGACGAUGGCUUUGAGGACACUCCACCUGUCACAUAGGUGACUAGUGAAUCAAUGUUUGCACUGAAUGCGAUCCGUUUCUGUCCGCUGCUGACCAGUUAAUUUUUGUCAGUUAAACAGACUAAAAAUUAUUUAGCCGUGGCGUCCACGUGCCGACGGACUGCGUUUGACAGAUUUUAAAUCUAGAUGAAAAUGACAUUGCCGGACAGUUCAUCACAGCAUGAAGACAGAGAAACGUCUCUUGAAGUUUCUAUAUUUUCCACUACUGAUCUUACAUUUUUGUAAAAUUGGAAAUGCAUUUAUGAGCACUGGCCUUUGAGUAGGGGAAACUCCUCUGAUGUGGAUUUAUGGGGUUCUUGGGCCAUCCAAACCAACUUUCCGAUAAUAUUGAAGAAAUGUUUAGGCUUUUUUGGGGAUUUUGCUCCGGACUCGAUUGAAGUCAUAAUGGGCGAUAGGUCAUGACAGCUGCAAGGAGGAGCGCCUUAUCCAUCUCGUCCACUUGUCCGCCUGCAUCUAUGACAAGAACUAGAAAUGGCCACUCCGAACUGGGCGACUCUUGGGGAAUUGGUUGCCAGCAGCCAUCACUGCGAUUCCUGGCACCUUUGUUCAAUGCCCCGCUGCAUUAAGGUCGUUCGCCUUCCGGGUGAGCUGUUCCGAACGCACUGACCGACUUCACUUUAGACAUACCUGCGUCUAGACAGUAGUGGCCGCCCAUGUAGCACUUAAACACGCCACCCCUAGACCGAACUAUGCGAGACAGUGGCCUUAGCCCGUGUCACUAGCCUGAGUCCUCCAGUUGUCAGUGAAGGGUCGUACUCUGCGCCCUGCCCACUGGCCAGAUUCUUCACAUUCCACAUGAUACACCAUUUUUUAGACACAGUUUUUCAGCAUACACUAGGUGACUUUGACUGCGGUUCUUGCAGUCGAGUUUUUGUGUUUUAUCGAAUUUCAGGUGACACCAGAACGGGUUAUGUACAGGCAGUGUAGCAUAUUUUUGCCCUGACAGCGAAUGCAAGGUAGACUUAACAUCAUGGAAAAGGCGUGAACCUUUUUUUCCAUUUUGGGAUCUUCAAGUUCCUUUCUUGUUUUGAAGUAUUUUGUUUCGGGCCAAACUUCUGGGACGUAGGUCAGGAGCUGAUUGCGCCAGAGUUUGCGGACUGGACAGUGCUGUUAGAAUGACCAAGACUCAAAACGAUAAAUUUUAUUUUAGCUGGAUGCUCUUAUAGAGUUCCCCUGAUAUUCACAACUAGUUGACUGAGAUAGUUUAUCGGUAUCUGCUCUUAUCACGAAUAAACUGCUUUCAAAAGUUGUUUAAGUUUGUCGCGGUCAGAUCUUCAACCACGGUAGUAUCAUCGACACAUGCAGCCUAGAGCGUCGCUCGGCAAUUAGUCGAGACCAGAUAUUGAUGUUCUUAUGUACCUGUUCAUAAUUUGGUCGUAGGUAUAUCUGUAAAAGUUUAAGCCCGUUUCUAGACUAUACCCUCUUAGUUUGAUGAUUUGUUGGUGUUUUGCUUGAGAUCGCCAAUAACACGACAGUGUACGUCAAACUUAACCUAAACACCAACUUGUCAAAUAACUUUUAUGCUACCUAACUGUUAUUGACAUUGAAAAAAAAACAAUUAGUUCUGCUAGUCAAAUUUUGCCUAUUUGACCGGUACCCUAAACCGUUCAGAUUGUGAUUUUAAGUGUCCAAAUAACAUCUACUUAUACUGCUACAAGUAACCCUGCGUUUCUCUAUUUUGUUUCAGAUUGGCCAAGCAAUUUUCCACGGCACUUACAAACAAGCGAUCGGCACUAGUUUAUUGUUCGAAAAGCACGCGCCCACUUCUGCAAAAGACUCCUCCGAAAAGUCACUCACUGAAAGCAUCGGUGUUUUUUCAAGUUUCCCAAAGCCUUCUUCGCGCCCCCAGUUCACCUAUUUUGGCAAAACUUCUAAAUUACUAGAUCUCCAGCGUGUAUUUUUAAAGCCCAAGGAAAGUGCGGAGUAA